AGGAACAUACAUAACCUAAUUCUCGUCACAUACCGGAAAAUAAUGGAAAACACACCAAACAGUCACUCCGGUGACUUCCGUAAAAGUACGGAAGACUGCGCUAUUUGCUUGGACAAAAUUCAGGAGAAGAAGACAUUAAAGUGCUUGCACUCUUUUUGCUCUGAGUGUAUCGACUCGGUUUUCAAGUUUAAGCCGGCUUGUCCGAUAUGCAACACCUACCACGGACAACACACGGGGAACCAGCCGGAGGGCACGAUGACGGUGACGCGGAGCUGGCAGCGGCUGCCAGGCUUUGAGCACUGCGGGUCUAUUGUGAUACAGUACACAUUCCCAGCGGGGAUACAAGGGCCUGAGCACCCAAACCCCGGAGUGAGGUACAGCAGCACCUCUCGUGUUGCAUUCCUGCCAGCCUGCGAGGAGGGUGAGAAAGUCCUGAAGCUGCUGAGGAAGGCCUUCGACAGGAGACUCACCUUCACCAUCGGACGAUCUGUCACCACAGGCCUCAACAAUGUCAUCACCUGGAACGACAUCCAUCACAAGACCAACAUACAAGGUGGACCACAAUGUUUUGGAUAUCCAGAUCCAGAAUAUUUGUUCAGGGUUCAAGAGGAGCUUCGUCGUAAUGGAGUGACAGAGGAUGACUGAUGCGUGAAGACAAUCAGAGGACGUCCUUCUAAUAUAUUUAAUACUGUGUAUUGUUACAUAUUUGCACAUUUUGCAUCAUCAAGCAGGCAUCUUCACCACUGACUUUUUUCCUCUAUCGAGUGGAUAAAUUGAAUAAUUAUAUUGAGACAUGAAGAUUGUCUGUCAACUAACUAUGCAAAAUAAUAUUUUAAACUCUGUACAGUAUAUAAUAUACACAAUGAUUAUAGUACUGUAGGUACUAAAAGGUAGUAAAGACGUUAUACAAUUUUAAUAAUGUAAAAAUGCCAUGUAUCAUCUUUUGUUAAAACUGGAUCACAGGUCUGGUGCAGAGAACCAUAGGAGGCAGAACAGGUCUUUACUUGGUCUGGCUCACAGUCAGCAACAAGGAUGCAGCCAAAACAAGCAAACUGAUCCUGAGGGCUAAGAUGAGAAGAAUAAAAAAAGGCUGGACAGCAUAAACAACAUAGACUAUCUAACAAGGAGUGACUGCUACCUGUUUUCUGUAUAGACUGAUACAUGGAUAGUGUCGAUAUGUCCCAAUGAUGAUGUCCACAACAAUCUUGAAACAUUGGCUUUAGCUUUAGCACAUUUCUGAACAUAAGUGGAAUGGGUGAACCAACAUAUCAUUACUGUUGUAUAUUUCAAGCUUACACGGUAAUGGAGUAAGCCUACUUUGCUAUAGCUGACACUGGGUGACUGCUUUGACUUUGCUCAGUAUGAUUAAUUCACACAUUCAACCAGAGAGGUCCAUGUAGGAAACCUUUGCACGCCUAUGACAAUAUGGUUAACGUCGGAAAUGAGAGACGAUAAUGUAUGUGGUAUUGUCAAGUCUGAUGGUAUUCUAUAUUUUGCUUAAUGUCAACAAAUCCAAUGAAAAGACUAAAACCAACAAUGAAUUGCUCCUACUAGCAAGUGUUGCCUGUGUAGCCACACAUGUAGCUUAUUCCUCUCUGCCACAGACUACCAUUGGAGUACAAAAGCUAAUAAAAACACAUAAAGGUGA